AUGAGGAGGAAGAUGAUGCUGGUUUUGAAUGCUGGUUCAGAGGAGGAGGGACAAGAUGUUGCUGGUUCGGAGAAGGGGGAACAAGAUGUUGCUGGUUCAGCGGAGGAGCAAGAUAAUGCUGAUAGUGAAAAACCUUUUUUGAAUGAGCCUAUUGCUUCCAUUAAGGCGCAACGGGAUGAUGACUGUGAGAAUGCCAAUGAUGGUUUUAAUGAUGAUGACAUUGAAAAUGCAAAUGAUUUCAAUGGUUAUGGGGAGGAAGUUGGGGAGAAUGAUCAAAAUAAGAUUAUUAAACAUUUAGUUGAUCAUGAGGAGGAAGAUGAUGUUGGUUUUGAUCAAGAAGAUAAAGUCAAAAAUUUUGAAGGAGACGAUGACCAGACUAAGGUUUCUAAUCAUUCAAAACAAAAGGAACAUGAUGCCGGUUCUGAAAGAGGACAAGAUAAUGCUGGUUUGAACGGGAAAGAUGAUGGAGAGGAUUCCGAUGAAGAUGAGGCUAAUGAGGAUGACAAUGGUAUAGUGAUCAAAGAAUGGGAGGAGAAUGAAACUGAAGACAAUGAUGAUUUUCAAGCCGAGGGUAAUGAUGAGGAUCAGUCUGCCUCCUCAGAUGAUCCUGGUGAAGUCGUUGACUGUGAGUUUGGAGUAAAUCUGGAUAGUGAAAUUUUUUUUUUAAAUGAUCACAUUGCUUCCAUUAAGGCACAACGCGAUGAUGACUGUGAGAAUGCUAAUGAUUGCUUUAAAGAUGAUGACAUUGAAAAUGCAGAUGAUUUCGUUGAUUUUGACGAGGAAGUUAGGGAGGAUGAUCAAAGUAACGAUUUUAAAAAUUUAGUUGAUAAUGAGGAGGAAGAUGAUGCUGGUUUUGAGCAAAAAGAUAAUGCUGAAGAUUUUGAAGGAGAUGAUGACCAGACUAAGGUUUCUAAUGGUUCUUUACAAAAGAAACAUGAUGCUGAGGGGGAGGGGCAAGAUGUUGCUGGUUCGAAGAAGGAGGAGCAAGAUGUUGCUGGUUCAGAGAAGGAGUAA